CUUGCUGUCCCCCAAGUGUGACCCCCCUUCCCCAGGAUCAGACUUGAGAAGCACUUCCUGGACUGAGAUAUCAGAACACUCUUGGGAACCAUUCCUACUCGUCCGCACUCACCAGAUUUGCAGCUGCAACCUUUCGUCGUCCUAUGAAAGUAGUGCGCAGUUGUAAAGCAUGGAACGCUCCGUUAUUCUUCAGGAACCAGAAGAGGUAACGACCGCUUUGGUGGAGGAACGCCAGCGGGCCCGGUCCCCAGACUCGCACUACCGCCAAACACAGUCUCGUGCGAGACACCAGUCUCCGUCUAAGCGACGAUGUAGCGACAAGGAGAAGGAGAGGGAUCGGUCGGCUAACGGGUUGGCACCCCUGGAGAGGACACUUGAAGAAGCGGAGGAAGAUAUCCAGCAUUAUGACGAUACGUACGGCCGGAGGCCUCAGGAUGAGGUUGCGGACGAAACGGCACAAAGAAUGGAGGAGAAAGAUCUGUGGCAGUUGUUGCAGGAGAAUGAACGCAAUGUGAGGGAAGCGAGAAACGUGUGGUUGCGCAGGGCACCAGUGGCCGCCCUGCCACAUGAAAUCAUCGCAAUGAUCUUUGCUUACAUCCACGACCAGCCAACAUUCGCAGCCCUUGCGCUGGUCUGCCAGGCGUUCAACAUAUGCGCAACGCCUUUGCUUUAUCGUGCGCCUCAAUUUCAGACCACUUUUCAAUGGGCGCAGUUUGUACAAACAUUAAGAGGGUCCGCUAACGGGAAAAGAGACCUAGGCGCUUUCGUACAGGCGAUCGAUCUCUCUUCAACCGUCAUGAAGAAGACUGUCGUUGAAGCUGAGGAGGGGAAUCGAAGGAAUAGAGUUAACCCCGGCCAUCUCCACGGCGGAUUAGCUCAACAAGUGUGGACCCAUCACAUCAAUGUCAACAACACCUCGGAUAGAGACGGCACGAACAACGAUGAAGAAACCGAAUAUGUAGCCUUCGUUCCCGGUACUGGCGUUGCGUUGAUGCCUGCCGGCAUCCAUCAAGUUGUGAGGCAGGGAAGCGUCUCGUCGCUCGAAGGUACCAUCAGAUCGAAUUCCCGGCGUACGAACGUGGCACCGGCAUUGGGAGGAGCCGGGGCUUCUUCGCAGAGUAUCGUGAACGCAACUCAAGCUCCGAUUCAGCAAACGGGCCUGCCACAUCAAUCAGAGAACGAAGUUGAACCUUUGUCCUCUGCUGUAUACCCAGCCUCUCAGUCGACUGCGGGUCCGAGUGGAGAUGGGCAAUCCCGUUUAGACCGAGCCAUUCAACAGAUGCACAGUACUGUGAACAUAAGUGAUGACCUUAUCAAUGCAUGCGGCGGUAGCAGUGAUGCAGGACUGAACAGCGGAAGCGCCAUUCUAGAUCUGGCUAGGGCUCACAAUGUCACUGGCGAAAGUAGCAGCGGUGCAUUUGCGGACGACCACACUGAUGCCAUUCCUGGAAUGAGCAUUGGGAACUCAACACGUCGGGACUCGACAGCCACAUCCACUCAGAUACCCGUGGACUACGAUACCAUCAACAGACGCACCCCCGAACCCAUCCGCUUCCAUCUCCUCACAUCCUCCCUCACUUCUCUCGCCGAACGAUGUCCAAACCUUCUCUACUUGAACAUCGCGAAUUCACCAAUGUCGGAUGAUACUUUGGUCGUCGAGACUGGGGAGUACAUCUCGAGCAUGGCGCAGCGAGCACAAGACCUACUCAACAGGGAUCUGAACCAUCCUUCGGAGAAUUGUGAUGACGGUGAUCCAGACGACUACGGACACGAUCACUAUGCACAAAACUUACUGGAACGCAAAUUCAGCGGAACUUACCGACGCCCAUGUCCGAGCGCGAGUCUUACCCUCCGCACGAUCGAUGUCGCGUACUGCAUGCAUGCACUCGCCACGAAAUGCCCUCAUCUCCUCAGUGUCGAUUUCCGAGGCGCCGACUGGCUCAUGAUCAACCAUGUGACAAUCCUGGCACGAUCCGCAAAGAAUUUGAGGGCCUGCAACCUAGUGAAAUGCAAUAAACUGCCUACGACUUUGGCGAAGCUGUGGUACUUCAAAACGCACACGAAUGUGUGGGUGGUUCCCCACGCUGACGAGGCCGUCGGAGGGAGCGCUGGUGCGGCGGAAGCUGACCAGACUUCCGAUGACUGUGAAACUGCGGAAGGACUUACGCUCUUGGAGAAAAUGUUGCCGUGGCCGCAAGCCAACACGUUGUACUCGCUCAUGCAUGGUACCAUGGUGGAGGCUUUGCGAUCAAACAGCACCAGCUGAGUCUAUGCAGAUCUUCAUCAGGAGUAGGCUGCGCGGCGGAUGAUAACCGAGAUACCUCUCAGGUAAAGUUUGGAUGGAAGGAGAACCCAUCCUUUCAAUCAUCAAUAUAGUUUUAGCUGUUCAGUUUUGUUCCCCCCUACCAUGUCGGC